UUUAUUCCAAUAAUGAGAUGGAAAAUACAUUGCAAAAAACAAUGAUGUCAUGUGUAAGAAAUGCUUCCAGUUCUAAAUUUAAUUCUUUGACCAUUGAAGUUGACUUUUAGUCAACAGGCCAUACCUAUGAACUCCCAAGUCUAUAGGCACUGUAUUUUUCACGAAUUGCAUUGACGACGAUUAAUGUAUGCGUAGACAAAAGGUUGAUACAAACGUCGAUUACAAAAAGUUGAAUGCUAAAAAGUAUACAGCAAGACCCUGAGAUGCUAAUAAACAAGGAUAAAUGUUCGAUAUCCCGUGCGUAAUUAUGAAAUAUAUUUUCAGCGACCUGUGCACGUCGGAUGUAAAAUUUUUAAAAUGAAUUUUAGAGCUAUUACUGUGAAACUUUUCCUUCUCGUGACUACUUUUACUUCAAGCUUUGGUCUCUUCACGAAUGUAUCUCUAUCUACAAUUUUCAACGAAAACAAACCUCUUGUUGGGUUUGCGUUGACUACCCUUGGUAAAAUAUUGAAUCCGACCGCGGCUUCGACAACCCAGAGGCCAGCGGGCUUCACGUCAAAGUUGACGAAACUCCUGGCCAGCCUCCUGAAUAUCCCGCCUGAGGUCUACUUUAGCACACACCAGCACAUUCUUCAACAAGGCUACCCGGCGGAGGAGCACUUCGUGGUCACGCCAGACGGUUACAUUCUGACCGUGAACCGCAUCCCCGGACCACGUCACUCGCGGGGCAGAAGUCGUUCCCCCGACGUGGUGCUCAUGAUGACGGCAACCCUCAGCUCAUCGUCCGACUACAUCGUCAGCUCACCCAAUCACUCACUUGCCUACCUUCUGGCGGACGCAGGCUACGAUGUCUGGCUUGGUAACGUCCGAGGCACAAGAGAUGGACGGAACCACACGCGCCUCAAUCCAGACAAGGACAGGCGCUUCUGGAACUUCAGUAUAGACGACGUCGCACGCUACGACUACCCGGCCCUUGCCUCGUACAUCACACGCCAUGCGGGGGUCGAGCGUUUCUUCUUCGUCGGGUUUUCUGCCGCCAACCGAUGCCUCUUCAUGUCGGCGUCGGCGCCCAACAGCUUCAUUGACAAGAUUCGUUUAUCGGUGAGCCUCGCACCCGCGCUGGGCACUGAGCAAUCUUCUCCAUUUAUGAGCUUCUUCUCUAAGAUCUUUAGCGGGAUCAGGGGAGCCGUAGAAAAGUUCAAUGGCGGGCAAUUUUAUCACGGCAACGACUUCAUGAUGUCUUUGAUUUACAUCGCGUGCAGCGACCGCAGCAAGCUUCGCCCGAUCUGCCUUCGUCUCAUAGCCACUAUCAUGGGCGGGAUGCAUUCAGGAUACGAUGGAAAGGAUAAACUGGCGUUCGCCAUGAACAGUGUUCUAUCGGGCACCUCGAACAAAGCUGCGCAGCAUCAAGCUCAGAUCAACACGUCUCCUGUUUUACGGAUGUUCAAUUACGGAGCUGGCAACAUGGCCGCGUACGGCUCGGAGAAGCCGCCAGCUUACAACCUCUCGCUGGUCUCCGCUCCUGUAGCCUUGUUCGUGAGUCCCGACGACCGACUCAUGCCCAUCGGAGGCCUGGAAAGUCUCAAGAAAAGUCUCACGAACGUGGUGGUGACUCACUUCAUCAAGCAGCCUGACUAUGGACACAUGGAUUUGAUAUUUUCUGACAGUGCCAAAGAGCUUGUCUACGAUCACGUCCUGCCAUUAAUGAAAUUAUUUUAACAGAAAGAGGCAAUGGCUUGAAGGAAUUUGUGGACUAUUUAUGCAGACAAAAUUUAUAAAAAAGUGCGUUAUGUCCGAUGCACAUAACGAACUCUUUACCACUGUAAUGAGAAUUGUUAUAUAUACAGUAUAUACUCAUUACAGUUAUAGACAGAUCUGAUCUAAUCGUAAAAAACUUGUUGUUGAAAACACUGACGAAUGUUACAACGAAACCGUGUCUUGAGAUUCAAUUAAAACCCUUCGUACCUUGUUUGCUGAACUUCGGUUCCCAAUACAAUUUACACCAACGAGAGAAAAUCAGAUUACAUUUGUUUAAUAUGACAGAAGCGAUGAAGCAGUUGUUUGUUGCUGUCGUGCGCCCGAAUCUAGA